CCUAACCCCUGAAGUUCCUCCCCCAUCUUCAAGUAGUCUUGACAUAAUUGUCGGCUUUGUCUUGUUAUAGUUUAUUUACAUAACAACUUUUUAGAAUUUAUGUCGUAAAUAUGGGAUCAUUACCUCCUCUUCAGGAGUACCUCUGCGCUUAUUAAUAACCGAUAAUUCAUCUUAGACGAGUGUAAAUAGGGCACAUGUCAUCAACAACUCAUAAUACACACAACAAACAUGGUCUCGACCGUUGUGGGUUUGUUGAUGAGCUCCAGCAGCUUCUUUUACACAUUUCACGUGCUCUACAAUUUCAUGUACUUCACGUCUUCCCAGAGUUACAAUAAAGAAAGCACAAACACCCCCACAGAGGAAGACGAAUACCUCAUAAUCAUCUGGGGCCUGAUGGUAAACACUUGUCUGCUGAGUGUUUUCAUGUUGCAGCACUCGUUCAUGUGCAGUAAAUCUGUCAAACAAUUUUACGAUAAGCUUUGCAUCUUGGAAUUAGAGAGAAGUAUCUACAAUGCAGCAAGUGCUGCAGCUCUGCACUUGAUACUGGAAAAUUGGCAGGUGAUCCCGUUUUUCUCGUUAUGGCACAUCGACACGUCUGUCAACUAUAAAUUGUGGCUCGUGUUCUCGGGGUUCCACUUUCUCGCGUGGUUCGUCAUCUACAGUGGAUGUGUCAUGCUGGAUAUAUCUGAGUUGACAGGGCUGAAGCAGGUCUGGUACAAAAUAUCCAACAGGCCCUGUCCAAUGUCCACUAAGUCCAGGGAAUAUCAACGGUAUCUUCUGCACAUGAGACACCCCAGCUUCACUGCGUUUCUCAUUAUAUUGUGGAUUCAUCCUCUCAUGACAAUUGACAGAUUUCUCAUGGCUUCGAUAAUCACCAUUUAUAUGCUGGUAAUGUGGACCAUUGACGAAGCAGAUUAUAAUUAUCAUGCCAUGAAUGUUGAUAGAAAGCGAAGGGAAUUAUUCUGAUUUUUUUUACGAUUCAAGGGGUUCGUUCCAUUUAUUGCGUCACAAUAUUUUCAUAUUAACUGUUUAUUUCCCAAGCUUUCUCAAACCGUUGACGUUCCUAAAUGCAAUACGGGAAUUAUUUCUCAAGUUUAAUUCAUGGACGAGUGCAAAAAAUUGCUUGGUGCUGAUUGCGCUGUUGAAUUGAUUUUUUAUGUGUUCAAUUAUAAUUUCUCUUGUCAUUACGAUUACUUAAGGAUUAAGUAGUGCCUUUGUAAAUAAACGUUUAUACAUAUUCCCACA